AUGAAUGCAUCGGCUGUCAGUAACUGCAUCAAGGGUGAGGACAGGCUGGCCAUCCUGUGUACCACCCCGUCCCUGAAGGACCUGGGUCUGCAGACUCCUGUGGUCACCAAGGUGGCGUUCGUCCUGGAUGAUUUCUCCACGCCCCAGUUUGACCUGCUGUAUGUAGAGGACCCUCGCUUCGAGGACUUUCAGAGACCCACCGUCACAUCAAAGGGCAACAAGAGCAUUCUGGAGAUUAAGGUGCCAGGCCGUGUGGAUGUGGAGGCGAUGAAGGGGGAGGUGCUGAAGGUGUCUAACAGAACCUGUGAGAGCGUGACUGUGGUGGGGAACACUCUGGAGUGUACUGUCCCCAUGGAGCUACGGGACGCAACCAACGAAUUGGAGGUGGAGUGGCGUCAGGCGUCGUCCUCGGUGAGUCUGGGCAGGGUGAUGUUGGCCCAUGAGCAGGACUACAGAGGGCUGCUAGCUGGCUGUGUGUGUGUCAGUCUGCUGCUGCUGAUGUUGCUCACUCUGUUCCUCUGGAAAAGGAGGAACAAACACAUUGACGAUCUGGCUGAGGGUAAGGUUUGGUAUGACGGCAGGGCUCACAUUCAGCACUUGGAUAUGUUGGCUAAUGCCCGGAGCGUCAGCCCCACUAACGAAAUGGUGUCCCACGAGUCUUUGGACUAUAGAACCACCCUGCUGGAGGACCAGGGCGUGGAGAGGCCAGAGUCAUGCAGGGGGGCUCCCCCUAUCUACGGGAGCCAUGGGGAGCUGCUGUCCCCCAGAUUGGGGCUCGGAGGCAUGGGUCUGGGGGCAGAGGGGGAGCUGGUGUCCCCUCUCCUGUCGGCCCCGGUCCACAUCGACCCGUCCCAGCUGCACCCUGACCUCCUGAAGGAGGUUCAACAUGUGGUCAUCGCCAGAGAGCAUCUGCUGUUACAUUUUAACCAGGUCAUCGGCAGAGGACACUUUGGCUGUGUGUUCCACGGUACCUUGAUGGAGGCUGAUGGACAGAAGCAGCACUGUGCCAUCAAGUCUCUCAACCGGAUUACUGACCUGGAGGAGGUGUCUCAGUUCCUGAAGGAGGGGAUCAUCAUGAAGGACUUCAGCCACUCCAACGUGUUGUCUCUCCUGGGGAUCUGUCUGCCCCCUGAGGGCUCUCCUCUGGUGGUGCUGCCAUACAUGAAGCACGGAGACCUCAGGAACUUUAUCAGGGACGAGACACACAACCCAACAGUGAAGGACCUGAUGGGCUUUGGUGUGCAGGUGGCCAGGGGCAUGGAGUAUCUGGCCAGCAAGAAGUUUGUCCACAGAGACCUAGCUGCCAGGAACUGCAUGCUGGAUGAAAGCUACACAGUGAAGGUGGCAGACUUUGGCCUGGCCAGGGAUGUGUAUGAAAAGGAGUACUACAGCAUCCACAGCAAGAGUGGAGUCAAACUACCGGUCAAGUGGAUGGCCCUAGAGAGCCUGCAGACACACAAGUUCACCCCCAAGUCAGAUGUGUGGUCGUUUGGCGUGUUGCUAUGGGAACUGAUGACCCGGGGAGCCCCACCCUACUCGGACGUCAACUCUUUCGACAUCACAGUGUUCCUACUGCAGGGGAGACGCCUGCUGCAGCCAGAGUUCUGCCCCGAUGCACUGUAUAACGUGAUGGUUGAGUGCUGGCACCCUAGACUGGAGCGGAGGCCUACCUUCUCAGAGCUGGUGUCCCGUAUCAAGUCCAUCUUCUCCAGCUUCAGUGGAGAGCACUACAUACUUCUCAACACCACCUAUGUCAACAUCGACAAGAUGACCCCCUAUCCCUCACUCAUUUCCUACUCCUCAUCCUCGUCCUCUUCCUCCACCCGUCAGGGCCACCCCCUGGAGCGAGACUGUUGCACCUGAUGUGGGAUGGGGGUGGAGAGAGAGAGAGAAGAAAGAAAAGAGUGAUGGAAGAAAGGAGAGGAAAUGAGAUGAAAGGAGGAGAGGAAAAAUAAUGAGCUUGACAGAGAGAAAGAAAGAGGGAGUAAAUAGUGGGCUUGAGGUGGUGAAGACUUUGGGUCACUGGAGAACAAGUGUAUGUGACUAACAGACAGACACUGGACAAACUCGUUGACUGAGACAGUUUGAGAAUACUGACCUGUGCCGUGUGUUCAGUACGUAUGUAAUGUGUAUAUAUACUGACCGAUGAGUGUACGCUUGAGACCUUUAUGAACUGUGAGGAUGACCUUGGUCUGCCUCUGCUCGGCAACCUAGAACAUGCUCUAGAAUAUCUAAUGACCUUUGACCCUGGUAUGACCCUGGAGCCUGAGUUCAGGAGGUCAGGCCUCUUGUCUCUAUCGCAGACAAUUUGGAGACAUGGGAGAACCUUUUCAAAGAACAAAGCCUCAAGAAGCACAUUGUGUGUAUGAAGUACAAGUGAAGCGCCCAUGAUUUGAACGAUUCCCUUCCCCAACGAGGGGACCGGUGGAUUUUGGAGACAUUUCUGCUUGUUACUGGGUGGCAUGUGCUUAGAGAUAUGGCAAAGUGCCAGGCUCCAGCUCUUCUUUUUCUCUAUGUCAAUGAAAGGUGGUGUAUUGUAAAGAAACAUGUUACACCUUCCUACUGUCACUGAAUGCCCCUCUCCUCCCACUUCUCCUCGCAUUCCUCCCUCCAAGCUCCCUGCGCACCGGGACUGAAGGAAGACAAAUGAUGCCUGCUUUGCCAUUACAAUGUGUGCUCCAGCCUCCAGGUGAAGAGUAGCUGGCAAGAGGACCAAUCUGCCACCCGGCCCGUGCGGUGUGUAGCAGCUACACUGGAUACUUCUUAUAGUGUAAUAAUCUUUGAUGAUUCCCUUUUGAUAUGCUUCGUUUUAAAUGUCUCGCUGCUUUGUUGCCGUGAGUGACUCACCUAUUAGUAAUCUGCAGAUGUUUCCCAGUUGAAAAGUGUUUCUUUUUUUGUAUUUUGGUAGGUAACACUGACUUGAAACGGCCUGUCAUAAUGUCUACAUAGCAUGUGUCAUAACGGUUUGUGAAAGCUCAGCCUGAAAACGGACAUCAUCUUUUUGACUUCAGACAGUCAAAUGGGGGAAAUUGGAGACACAUGUUUGAACGUUUGAUGCGUUUGGGCAUCAUAAUAAUAGUGUUAUGUCAGUUGAGAAAAGUACUUUUUCUGUCAAUCAUGAUAGUAUUCGUACAAUAGCUAUGUCAGCAUUUUGAAAGACCACUUCAAUGUUAAAAUGUUACCAUUUUGCCUUUCCUUUGUGAAGCGUUUGGCUUUUUACUAUGACUGCUGUGAUGUAAUUAAUGAUAAGGCCAGCAAUGGACAGAUAUGAAUGUUUGUAAAAAUAAAUGUUUAAAAUGCUGUACUAUAUUUUUUAGAAUGCCUUUAUGAUGAAAAUGAGCCUCAAUCAAUAUUGGUCCAAUGGAAUGCAAUAACUGAGCAGUGGUGCCACAACAAUGAACAAGUCCACUAAACUAACUAGAAGAACCACUGCCUUUUGUACAAAAUGAUAUUAAAAGGAUAGCACCUUUGUGGAGGUGUCUUCUAUAUGUAGGAUUUAACUGGUAAACGUGUGUGUAUAUACUUUAUGACAGGUUGUAGGUACAGCACAGUACAAACAAACUAAAGAUACUGUACAGUCAUUGAACAACUGGAGCUAGCAGGUUCACUUCCUUCACUAUAGACUUCUAUGUUUUCUAUUGGUAACUAAAUGGCUUGUAAAUUCAUAAAUUGGUCCAUGUUUCUCACUGUCUGUGCAGUGUGAGUGUCUGUAUGAGCACUGUUGCGGGUUCGUCUAUGAAAAUAAUGAUGGUACAUAUGUUGUUAAGUCUUUAUGCCGUCUGACAGUCUCAGUGUAAUAAAGCUAUAUUAUCAGUGUGA